ACCCACCUCCACCAUUUGCUCCUCACUCUAAACCCCACUUUCUUCAAUUUCUGCUAAAAUCCCAAGCCCACAAUACUGAAAAUAAGGUAGAUAUUUCCGUUAUGGUUUUCUCAACAGUAAUGACGUGCUCUCCACAUGUUUGCUUCUCCAAGGCCGCUCCUCCCGUUAUUCGCCGCACAAUCCGGUGCUCCGCCGCUUCACUUUCUCCUAAAUUUGAUCUUAAGACAUACUGGACGUCUCUGAUUAAGGAAAUUGAUCAGAAACUCGACGAGGCAAUACCAGUGCAGUACCCACAGCAGAUCUACGAAGCCAUGCGCUAUUCGGUUUUGGCGAAAGGAGCUAAGAGAGCACCGCCGGUGAUGUGCGUCGCUGCUUGUGAGCUGUUCGGAGGGAACCGACUCGCCGCCUUCCCCACCGCCUGCGCUCUUGAAAUGGUUCAUGCUGCGUCAUUAAUACAUGAUGACUUGCCAUGCAUGGAUGAUGACCCAUCACGAAGAGGUAAACCCUCGAACCACACGAUAUUUGGUGUGGAUAUGGCAAUAUUAGCUGGGGAUGCAUUGUUUCCGCUUGGUUUCCGCCACAUUGUUUCACACACCCCAACUGAUCUCGUCCCUGAGACUCGCCUCCUUCGGGUCAUUGCAGAGAUUGCGCGGGCAGUGGGGUCCACUGGUAUGGCUGCUGGGCAGUUUCUCGACCUUGAGGGUGGUCCAAAUGCGGUUGAUUUCGUCCAAGAGAAAAAGUUUGGCGAAAUGGGACAAUGCUCUGCUGUUUGUGGAGGCCUACUAGCCGGUGCUUCAGAUGAUGAGAUUCAACGGUUGAGAAGAUACGGACGGGCUGUAGGUGUCCUGUACCAGGUGGUGGACGAUAUCUUGGAAGCCAAAACGGAGACAGCGAAGAAGGAUGAGAAAAACAAAAAGAAAGGUAAAAGUUAUGUAUCAGUAUAUGGGGUGGAGAAAGCGAUAGAGGUGGCUGAGGAUCUAAGAUCCCAGGCUAAGAAAGAGUUAGAUGGGUUGGAGAGAUACGGGGAAAAGGUUCUACCAUUAUACAGCUUUGUUGAUUAUGCUGCUGAUAGAGGUUUUAGCUUUGCGGUGCCAGUUUAGCUUUACAACUAGAAUGAUGUUAAUUUGCGUGCACUUAUUACAGACUGCUAUUUCAUGUAACAAAGCAAGGUGUCCUGUACCUUGUUGUUUGUAUGCUUGUAUUUCUAUACUUGAGAUCAUAAAACAAUAAAUAAGGAUUCUAACAGAGCAGUUUCCUUAUCCAAGAUGGAUGGGAACAUUGAGCAUGUAAUGUAGUGUAAUAAGAAGCUUUGAUGUGGGGAUUGUUCAUCACUUCCACUCUCCUCCGGAGUUGUUUGGGAUGUUGUGUUGAUGAUCCAAUUAAAUCCUUUGCGGCCUUUCACUGAAAA